AUGGACUUUCAAAGCUACGGAUUUGAAUCGAUUACCUACAACCCGAUCGAGCUGGGCCACACUUCCGCCACUGCCCCCAUGACUAUUGGGGGCGUACACGCUGGUUGCAGUAGUAAGAAGCGCAAGGCUUUUGACGAAAUGGACACCUUGGUCGGUGGCGCUGAGUACCAAGUGCGACCGAAGCUCAGCUUGCCUCGAUCUGCAGGUCUCGUGUUUAACGCCGACGCUCGGUUCCAUCCGCUUCCUGGCGAUGCCAAUCAGGCGGUGCUGGCGCAGCUGCGCUACGACCGCUUGACAGCUGGCGCUUCGUCGGGCUCGAGCAGCAAUUUUGAAACGCCUCCUUCAUCCAGCUCGCGCUUUGGUCACCAAUACAAAGAUUCAGCCGGCUCGGACUACUUCAGCACGGCUGUGCCCAGUCAGUAUCCCGAUGUAGAACCGUACCCUUCGACAUCACCCUCGACAACUUUUGGCAUUCUGGGCCCUGCUCCGGGACGUCACAACUCGUUCAGCGAUGCAGACGACAUGCAAGUAGAUUACGCCAGUAAUCGCACCAGCGAGAGCGUACACGGACCUCAGUGCAAAAGCAUCCCGCAGCUGUGUGUCAGAUACAAUGAUGGAAUGGGUUCGCAACUCUGGGCGACAUGUCCGGACUGUGGCGCCUGUUCCAGAGUCGAGUCGUCACAGCCAAGUCAACUCUGCCACUCUCCGUGA